AGUCCACGAGGUUAAUAAGACGCCUUCUUCUCCCCGGUGAAUUUUCCCCGUUUGCCCAAAACUGUCGAGAUUACAAGGCACGACCUUUGGGAGUGCAUCGUGUGGUCGCUCGCCUCGUCAUCGAUCAGUGCUUUUUUUGCCACGAGAUUCACUGGCGCUCGCCCGUUUUCCGCCUUAUCGGGCCUUAUCACUGUCAGUGGAGCUCACAGAGUUGCCGAUAAAUCUCGGCCCAGUCAGUCAGUGUGCAGCAGUGCUCGGAAUUGUAUCGUGCAGAGAGUGUUCCGUGAUGUUGUAGAAACUUCUUCCUCCUGUCCCAGAGUGUCGAUCAUGCGAUUCCAGCAGAGCGACGAGUCCGACUACGGAGCGGUGGAAGUGGUGCCGAAGUGGGACAUCCUGCUGUGCUGCACCGGCGGCGCCUUCCUGGGCGUCUGGGUGAUGGUCAAGUGGUUGAUCCACUACCUCUGGACCGUGGUGAAUCCCAGGGCGGUGCCGCCCAGGAGCCACAGUGCGCCCGAGAAGCCACCAUCGUACCUCGUGGACAGCAACUUCGGCCGGCAUUCCUACGUGAAACUGAGCAGAACCAAAUUUCACUAUGUCGAGGCGGGAAAUGCAACGGAUCCCGUGAUUUUCCUGCUGCACGGCUUCCCGGAUUGCUGGAUCGGCUGGCGUGAGCAGAUCAAGGAGCUUUCGCGCUUCUUUCGCGUCAUCGCGCUGGACCUCAAGGGCUUCAAUGACUCGGACAAGCCGCUGUGGCGCUCAGAGUAUCGCAUUGAGAAGGUGUGUCGUGAGCUUGUGGACUUCAUUCACAGCUUCAACGUGAACUCAGUCACGCUCAUGGGUCACGAUCUGGGCGGAAUGCUGGGCUGGAUUCUGGCGCACACGAAUCCGCGAGUGGUGAAUCGGCUGAUUUGCGUCUCGGCGCCGCACCCAAACCUCAUCUGGCGGAAUCUGGUGAGCUCCAAAGUGCCCAUCAACAGUGCCUGGCUCAAGUUCAUCCAGCUGCCGUGCCUCCCGGAGAUCGAGCACGUGCGGCCGGACAGUGGCUUUCUGGAGCGCAACUUCACGCACGUGGACAACACGCGUUCCAAGUCCAAGUACAACAAUCUACAGCCGCUGAACGGCUCGGCGAACGAGAAGGGACACAUCCUGGACGCGUACAAGUACAUCUUCAGUCGCAAUGAGGACUGGAAUGGACCGCUGAACUACUACAGAAACCUGCCCUUCUACCGCAUCAGAGAGGGAUCCCUCGUCUCGUGUCCCUGCCUCAUCGUCACGGGCAACUCCGAUCCGCUCUUCCGGUUGGAGUCUGUGAUCAAGAGCACGGAUUUCUGUGAGAAUUUCGUGGUGAAAAUCAUCGAGGGCGCCGCGCAUUGGCCACACCAAGAGACGCCGCUCGAGUUCAAUCGCAUCGUCCUGAAGUUCCUCGUCGGCUCUCGCGCCAGCCAGACGCUGGAGAAGCCGGAGAAGGUGAACAACAAGGGUUUGGUGGGAUUCAUGCUGGGCGCCGUGUCGAACAGCGUCAACAAGAUUCACAAUUCUGUCCAAAUGAGAGCCACGGAAGCCUUCUAAUCAACCCCAAACUCUCUCUCUCACUCCCGUGCGGGAAAUUCAGGGAAAAAUCACUGUUAUUGUUGUUUCUUCUGCAUUUGAUAUUAAGUCAGUACAAUUUAUCUCUCGUUUUGUAUGUUAUAAAUAUAUUUUUACAAGGAAA